ACGACACGACCAGUCCUUUAGUUGACUUGACGUUUAGUGUGUUUUCCCGAUAAUGCAUGUGGAAAGCUGAAGGAAAUUUGUUAUUCACAUAUUACUUGGGAAUUCGUGAUGAUUGUUGAAUACAGUAUAGAAAUUACUGGAAAUAUAGUUUUCCGAUCGGCAUUUUUCUCUUCUGCUUCAAAUUAAUUCACAAUGCUCCAACAUGGUUUUAAAUUUUAUAUUGCGAGUUGAAAAAUUAUAAAGUGGCUGUGAAAAUAUUCUUCUAAUUAUAAUUACAUCAUUUAAUUGAAUGAAAAUGGACAAGGAAGAUAAAUUUUUGGUACAGUGUACAUCUGGCCAAUGCGACAAUGCAGAACUGGAGUUCCAAAUGAUAGGAUACAUCAAAGAGGCCAUGAAAGCUAUGGAACUGAUGCGGUUCCAUCAGAUGCUCACGGACGUUGUCCUAGAAGUGGGAACUGAAAAAUUCCACGCACACAGGGUUGUAUUAGCCGCAGCCAGUCCGUAUUUCAAAGCAAUGUUCACCGGAGGCCUGAAAGAAUGCGAUAAUAAAACUGUGAAACUGGAAGGGGUGUCCCCUACAGCCAUGAAGAUAUUGAUACAUUUCAUAUACACGGGGAAAAUGAAAGUUACAGAGAACAUUGUGUGUCAGUUGCUACCAGCCGCAGCGAUGUUUCAAGUGACCAAUGUCAUUGAAGCGUGCUGUGAUUUCCUCGAAAAGCAACUGGACCCAAGCAACGCAAUUGGAAUAGCGAACUUCGCUGAAAAUCACGGUUGUUUGAGUCUCUACAGAAAAGCCAACACGUAUAUCGAAAGACAUUUUCGUGAGGUAGCACAGGAAGAAGAAUUUUUUCAAUUGAAUUCUUCAGAAUUAAUUAGGCUGAUAAGGAAAGACGAGCUGAAUGUCCAGGAGGAGAAAGAAGUGUACAACGCAGUUUUGAAAUGGGUCGAGUAUAACCCGAAUAGACAGAACGAGAUGGAGAUCAUUCUAAGUGCAGUUCGUUGCCAAUUCUUGCCUCCUAAGUUUCUGAACGACCAAAUGAAAAAUUGCGAAUUCAUAAAGAAGGCUCCUGCUUGCAAGGAAUAUCUAGCAAAAAUAUUCAAGGACCUCACGCUACAUAAACGCACAAAAGAAAAAGAGAGAACACCAUGUAUUCCAAGGGUGAUAUAUGUGACAGGAGGUUACUUGAGGCAGUCUUUAGAUAUCGUGGAAGGCUUCAAUGUAGAUAACAAGACUUGGAAGAAGAUGGAUUCGUUGACCAUACCGAGAUCAGGUCUUGGUGGAGCUUUCCUGAAAGGUAUGUUCUACGCUGUUGGAGGAAGAAAUACAUCCCCUACUCAGAGUUACGACUCUGAUUGGGUAGAAAGAUACAACCCGGUUAAAGACCAAUGGAGAGUUUGUAGCCCAAUGUCGGUACCAAGGAAUAGGGUAGGCGUGGCUGUCAUGGAUGGACUACUUUAUGCUGUAGGAGGAAGUGAAGGAUCCAAAUAUCUCAACUCAGUUGAAUGUUAUGACCCUGAUACAGACAAAUGGGCUCCUGUUAAGUCUAUGCAUUACAACAGGCUAGCCUUGGGUGUAGCCGUAGUCAACAGGCUCUUAUAUGCCAUAGGGGGCUACGACGGUACCAACAGGCAUAAUUCAGCGGAAUGCUAUCAUCCAGAAAAUGAUGAGUGGACAAUGAUCAAUCCGAUGCACAUUCCCAGAAGUGGAGCAGGUGUAGCAGCUAUUAACCAAUACAUUUUUGUGAUUGGUGGUUAUGACGGAACGAGACAACUGAAUCAGGUUGAAAGAUAUGAUACAGAAAAAGGAGAAUGGAUGUUUGUAGCACCAAUGAAAAAAGCGAGGAGCGCAUUGAGUGUAACCGUUCUAGACUGCAAGAUUUAUGCUAUAGGAGGAUACGACGGUUCGAAUUUCUCGAAUAGUGUUGAAAUUUACGACCCCAUCAAAAACGAAUGGACUGAUGGUGUAUGCUUAACAGCUGGAAGAUCUGGUCACGCCAGCGCUGUCUGUUACCAACCUCCGAGUACCUUACCUGGCUGUCGUUAAGAUAUGAGCUUAAUUUGAAGAACAGAGAUCUUAAUUGAAAGAUAUUUUGGACUCCGAACUGUUAUCGUGAGAAAAGUGGAGAUAUGUCUUUUGAUGUGAAUUCAUCUCAAAUAAUUCAUGUUUGUUUAUUCCUCACUGUGAUAAAUGUGCAUUUGAUGCUAUUAACCAGGGGUUUCCAAAAAACAUUCCUCCAAAAUUCGUAUUACAUUCAACUUGACUCAUUCAUGUUUCAACAUGAUGUAUUUGCAUGAUGCAUCCAAUCCAAAAAGAGAGCUUAUAGUUAGGAUAGAAAUCCUGUUUCUCACCUAUGAAAACUUGAAAAUGUGAUAUUCACUGAGAAUCAACAUAUUUAAGUUGGUUUGAAAUGGUUGGUGAAGAAAUUGGUUAUUUUUGAAGUAUUUAUUCAUGUUGUCUUAAGCUUUGUGUAUAUUUUUUUCUUCAUAUUGUAGAAGUAGGGUAGGAAAAUGUGAUUCUUGAAUUUUCAGGAUUUCCUCAAGUAUAAAUUGGUAAUGACUUAUGUGGUGAAGUCAUCAUACUUAUUUUUGAAUGUUAUGAAUUAGUUAUGUUAUCUUCUUUAUUUAUCCUUCAUCUCUUACAUUCCACCAAUGAAUAUAUGAUUUAAAAUCAUGAAUAAUGAAUUGUUGAUUGUGAUAAAGUAUGAUUAAAUACAUGACAAAGUUUAA